AAAAUACUAAGGCCUUGAAAAAGAAACAAGAAGAAUAUAUAUUCAGUCUGGGUGUACUACUAUACUGAAACAGACUUCUUGAUAAGUCUGAAGUCUGAAGUCUGAGAAACAUCAUUUUCCUCAACUGAUAUAACAACAAUUCUCAAACAAGAAAUCAGAAGAUGUCAGCUGACAAAAUUGGAUGUGGAUUUUGCUCCAAGAAAAGAAGGGUUCUAAAUGCAUUCGAGUUGAAAAUUGGGCAACAUAUCUCUGAACCUGGACGUAAUAAACUGAAAUACAAGGAGAGGAAACACGUUUUAAAAGCAAAUUAUUUCCAUCAUGCUAUCAUAGCAGACAUUAAACACAGAACUGAUUAUGAAGCAACUCUUGUAUUGAUUCACUAUGCAGAUGUCAGAGGUUUCAAAAACGGCUCUAUUCAAAAGAAAGAAGAAAAAAGAAACUUAAAGCAUGAUGAAAUAUACACUAUUGAGUACAAUUAUUCAAAAUAUACUCCUAAGGAAAUAGUUCGGCGAGCAAAGUCGCAAAUAAAAAAAGGUGACGGAAAGGAUACUGUGACAAAAGAUGAAGAUGAAGAUGAAGAUGCUGAUAAUCAUGAGAAUCAAACAGGCACUAUUGAGAGUGUUUUUGGGAAUUAUAAUCUUUUUAAAAGUAAUUGUGAACAUUUUGCAACAUGGUGUGUACUCGGCACACAAAACUGUUUCCAAUUUGGCGAAAAGAGAACAAUACUUCUGAUUUCUUUCAUUGUCUUUGCAUUGUUUGCAAUAAUUAUUUUGAGCAUUCUAAGACUAUCCAAUUCUAGAAUAUUAGAGAUGCUAACAAAUAUUCCUGGUUUUGCUGUUGUUGGUGACAUAAUUUAUCAUCCAUAUCUAAUUUACGAAUUUCUCGAACUGAAGAGAUUACAUAACAAUAAAAGUGUAUGUUCCUAUUGUUCUGAAGAAAAACUAUACAUUCUGUUAACUAAAUUUAUAUUGUUCUUACUUUCAUGUAGUUUAUCGUUACAGUACAUGAUUAUAACAGUUAAUGACCCACUGGUCCCAGCGUGGCCAGUGACAAUACUAAUAACUGUGAUAUUUCUUAUACGAAGUGCAAUGCCAUUCAUACAGUCAGUUGUCAAGGAUUUUGAAUCACCAUUAACGGUCAAGUCUAUUAAAGUAAAACAGUUAUCCGACGUGAAACGAGGAGAAGUAAUAGUUUUCCGACAAUAUGGAUUUAAGCAUUUCACAAUAGCUACAAAAGUUACUAAAUCAGGCAAAAUCAGCUUAGUUCACUAUAAUAAAUCUUGUCUCUUCACAAGAGUUAUAGAGGAAGUGGAAAUCAAAUUGUCUGACAAAACUGUUUGGCGGCUAGAUCCCAGAAAAAUGACAGUGUUUCUCCCAGAAGAAAUAAUUUCACGUGUACAAAGUCGAAAGGGUGAAAAGAAAUGGCACUGGCGUUCUAACAGAUCUGAUCAUGUGUGCUACUGGGCAGUAAAAGAACAGUUGCACAUGAAAUAUUAUAAACCAAAGAAUAAUGAAGAGACAGAAAUUGCAACCAAGUCAGAACAAAAAAUAUUUAGUUCACUUGAGGUUGAAACUAUGGUUGUUCACAUUAGAAAUGAAACUGAAAUUGGUGAUGUAGUUCAAUUCUGUGUCAAUAAUGGAACUUUUAAGAAAGGAGUUGGUAUCAUUAUUGAAAUAAGGAACUCAAAAAAAGACCCAGCAAGACAUAAACGUACUUUUCAGCUGUCUCUAGUUAUGCAGGCAGGUAAAACUAUUACUCUAUCUUGGAUAGAUAUUGAUCUAAACACAGACACAGUGAAAGUCAAGAAAUUUCAUCCUGUUCAUUGUAAUACAAUGGAGGAGCGGAAAAACAGAGCAAUAGCAGCAUUGUUCAAAAGUGACAAUCAAACAGUGGACAACAAAUUCAAACUAGUAGAAUUCUGUGUUUUAAAGGAAUGAGAAAAAUGAGAAAUAAUAAAUCAGAAGGUCUGACUGAAAGAUUGAUUGAUAAGGUGGUUGAUCGACAUAACAAACUGAUGGAUGGACAGACUGACUGAAUAGACCAACUGGUUGUUGAAUGACUGACUGACUAGGUGCUUUGUUUACUGAUUGAUAGAUUUAUUUGAUUGACUGAUCAAUUGAUAUUGAUUAAAAUAUAUUUUUAACAGUAUUUAAAGUACUAUAAUGGCUGUUUACCAGCACUGCCAAGUGAAGUUUACUUAUAUUCAUGCGGAAGCUUAUUUCAAUGACUUAACAGGAAAGUGUAAUAACCUCUUCUGUAUGUGGAAUGUCAGUUUUCCAGUUUGCCCUCAAUUUGUAUCACUCAAAAAUCUGCUCCCUAAAAAAAUCCAAUGCUGUUGUUAUAAUUAUGAGAAGGCUAAAAGCCUCCUCACAUAUAGGCGAAAAAAAAAAACGACGUCAACUUGCGAGUACUGGCGAAUAGUACUUGAGCAAAAUUCGUUCCCAUUAGUAUAUGUACGUUGUACAUUUGUGGUGUUCGUAUGGAUGCAUCUGUGAGCUUUUGCAUCCGUUGUGAUUACUUUUGUUUGUCAGAUAAUUUUCAGCAUGUUGAAAAAUUUGUGGCGAUUAAAAGUUUCGU